GCGCAUGACGCCAUAGCGCGUUCCCGUUGCGUUUGGGGCGGAGGAUAUCCGGUUUUUGUGGUGAACCAGGAACGAGGCCAGUGCACUCCGAGUGAACAGGGCAAUAAGAUGGCACGGCUCGGUAGCGCAGUGUGCGGCGUGCUUCCUCUGCUCUUCGUGGUGAUGGCGAUGGCAGCUUCCGAUCUGUUUGACAACCAACUGGGAGACAUCAGCUACUGUAAAAACCAGUGUCAGACCACCAUCAAAAACAAAAUAGCUGCAAAAGACUCCAUAAUGAAUGCAUGCUACCGCGGCUGCCGGCUCUAUUCGAUUUGCCAGUUUGUGAACGGAAACACAGGAUUCAACAACAGCAAGGAGGAAUGCCAGGGAGCAUGCCAGGAAGCAUACAGUAAGCUACUGGAGCAGGAAGCAUGUAGCACAGGAUGUACCAGCCAGCCAGCUGAGCCUGAAAUCCUGCGGAGGAGGCUCAAGGCCCUGACCAACCGCCCCAAACCAGUUUCAGUGAUGGACGCUUUGUUUGGUUGGUGCAACGAUAUUGUCAGCUCUGCUCAAAGUUUCAUGUCCUCCACCUGGACUUUCUACCUGCAGGCUGAUGAUGGCAAAGUGGUUGUGUUCCAGAGCGAGCCAGAGAUUGAGUAUUAUUUACCCGAGGUUCAAGCCCCACACUCCAGUGCAAACAAAGCCUGGCCUGAAGGAAAUCCUCAGACACAGAGGCUACAGUCUGGUGAACGACUGCACGGAGAGAAAAACACACCUAAAGCUGUGAGUAAGGGCAAACACAGCAGCCAGCGUGUUGAGGACACGGUCACUGAGCACGACUUCCUGGGCUGCAUGUCAAGGCGUUCGGGUCUGCCACGGUGGAUCUUAGCUACAUGUCUCCUGUUAUCAAUCAUGGUGAUGCUGUGGCUGAGCUGCGCCAGUCUGGUAACGGCACCUGAGCAACAUGUGAAGACUCAGUUGAGCAUCAACGGAGAUAAGGAGUUCCUGGACUACAUGCCAAAAGUCAGUCCCUACCAUCUGACUUCAGUGAUCGCCGUAGCAGUCAGCCAUCACGACGAAGGAAAAGAGGCGGGGCCUUUGCCAGUCAAAGUUGACCUAAACAAAACCUCACUUUAAAAUCAUUACAACGUGUGUGUGUCAUCUGUUAGUAUUUCUCAGUUAGAGGAAAAGCAUCAUAAUGUUUCAUUUUCUAAAGAAAAGUGCAUGGUGUAUAUAAGAACAGGUUACACAUAGUUCAGUAACAUUUGAUUUAGAUAUUUAUCGUGUACACUAGACAGUGCUGCUUUCAAAAACAUUACCAUAAUGAUUAACCGAGCUUUAAUUGUAGCACGUAAGAUUUGAGAGGCUAAUGUGUUCUUUGAGCUAGAACGUCUUUAAUAACGGCCAUGGUGUUGACUUCAGUGAGCAAAAGACUAAUGCAGACGUUCUCAGCGUUUUCAAUUCGAUUAGUUGUCUCCUGAAUAAAUUAUUUACCAGUUUCUACACUGGAAACAGACCCUACCUGUGGAAUCAUGGGAGCAUAAUCAUUUGUACAUAUUAAUCUCUAUCACUAAUGUAUAUCACUUAUGUAUAAGGUCUUAUUGUAGAUGCUAAUAGACUGGUCUCAUUUAGAUGCUAAUAGCUAAAAUUUAGUAGUAUCUACAGAAAGCUUUGAGGUUCUGAGUGAUGCCUGUGUGAAGUAAGAAUGUAUAUUUCUCUUUUAUUCUUGAGAUUGUGGGAUGGGAUGAUUCUCUUACUUCUGCUUUAGUGCUAGGUUUUGAAGAAUAGCUCAUUUUUUUAGCAGCUGUAGAGCCGAUUAGCCAUAACGGCUCGUCCUGCCGCUAAUCGUGUUUCUAAGCUCUUUUAGCACAUGUGGUCCUGAUCGCAGUGCAUGCUAGUAGGUAUUGACAUAGCAAUUACAUGCUUACACACUUAUAGACAAUGGACUAUUAUAUACUUUUAAUAUUUCUGUUUGUAGCUUUAUGUCGAGUGGCAAUGCAGUUAUACAAUACAGAUUAGUUAUGAAGAAAAUAUCAAAAUGCUUUUUAGUUACACAAUCGAUGCAUGACCUAAUCUAUAAUACAUAACAAAUGCUUUUUAUUCACGCAGUGAUUAAGUGGGUGUUUAAAUUCCUUUUUUUUAAUUUGCUCCAGAAUUCGUUAGUCAUUUAUUAUUAAUAAAGAUUUUCUCUGUGUCAGCAUGUCACACAGUAAAGUACGAAGAACAGUAUAAAAAAAAAGAGAGAUUAUACAAGCUUAUUACAAAUCAUCAGUUUUCCACAAACUCAUACAGUUGAAAUAUACCAUAUGAUUUUUGACUCGUUACUUUGCUUUUCUGGUUAUCAGCUAAAUCAGCUGCCAGACUGAAUACAAUUUGCAUGGCUAAAUAACCAGUUCACUAAUCAUUGAGUAGUUAUGUAACAGCCAUCUCUCUCAUUAUCCAACAAAAUUUACUAGCUACCUGCUAAAAUCUUAUGGUUAAAGGGAAUAAGGUAUUACGUUUCAGGGUAACAUUGCCAUGAAUGAUAUAUAAAUGACUUAAAUCACCUCAUUUUCUGUCUAAUAUUUGGUACGUUCUGAUUUGUUAAAUGUUUCCCUGCCCCUAUUGAACACAUUAUAUACAUGCAAGUACAGUAUGUAGGCAUGAAUUUUAUAACAUAUGUUAACACAUAGCUUAUACACUGAUUGUCUUAAAUAUUUAUGCUGAUUUGUUGUUUAAUAUUUGUACAAAAAUGCUUCAUUUAUGCCUCUAGCAUGGAGCUACUCCAUCUACCAACAUGCACUGGUGUGUUUUGUCGCAAAGUUUUCUUUUGCCUGCACGUAUUUUCUUAUUAACAAAACCACUGAGAAGAAGAAGAAGAAGAAGAAGAAGAAGAAGAAGAAGUGAAAUAUUUGAUAUGUUAUUUAAAAAUGUAAUAAACUGUCAACUUGGCAAUAAUUUGUGGCUGUAAAUGCAAGCAUUUAACCCAGCAUUAGUGUAGAAUAAGGAAUUUUCGCUUUGGAAAAUGGUUAUGGACGUUCUGUACUGGCCCUUCACCAGCGCUGGACUGCUGGCUGAUCACCUGCAAGAAGCGCAAACAUUAUGUAGGCUCUUCUUAUUGCACUCUCCUAACUCAGCUCAAGGUGCAGUGCGAAUAUCUUCCCCUUCCCCAUUAAAAUACCCUCUAAAUGUCACUACUGAAGUAUACUGUCAAAGACAUUGAUCGACAUGUUUUAGAACGAUACAUUUAUUAUCAGUAAUAAAGCCCAAUGUAAAAACUUGCACAACAAAUAUUAAAUAUGAUUAACAAAACCAACAUAAUACGCUGUGGGACUUUUUGCUGCAGAGCACGUUUCUGAGGAAGUUCUAAAAGUGUGGUGGUGGCAAAUAUUGCUGCAUUGUUCAAAAUGUAGAGAUAACAACUGCCAGUGGGUGGUAUAGUGGUUCAGCAGGUUAUUACAUUCUUUGUGUUUGUGUGUUUUUUAUUUGUCUGUGUAUUCACGCUGUUUCAGGUUUUCCAGUGUUUACAGGUUUAUCCAGCCUGUUAUUCCUCAUUGUUGUAUAACUACUUAUGGCAUUACCAGAUUGGACUCAUUAGAUUCACACUCACUCUCAUGACUUGCUGUCUGAUGGUUUUAUUUUGAGUGAUAUUGAUUUUGAUAUUUCUUUUUUCAACAUGGUGAUAUAGUGAUAUCUUGACUCUGGCUUGUGUUCUUUCUCUUAUUGUUAGAAGUUGAAAUAAGUUUGUAGCUGUUAAUAUAUUUUGUUUUUGUUUUGUUCUCUGGUUUGAACCCAAGCAUCAGCUACUGCCUGUGCUUCCACUCACUGUUAGCCUAAGUUUCCUCCUGGUAUUCAUGUUUCCACUGACUGACCAAAAACAUGCAGAUAAGUGGAUGUGAUUAUGGAAUGUGUGUCCUGCAAUGGACUAGGUCAAGUCUCCCACCUUGCACACAGGAUCGACUCCAGAUCCUC